GACGAAGAUUAGCCUCAAUUCAGCAAUCCGGGCCAACUGCCACCUGCCGCUGUCUCUCCGAACAACAAACCUGCCGUCACUGUUGCUGUUCCAUAAAUUUUCUCAACAGUACUUGCUCUUGUUGCCCCUCCAUCCUCUCUUGCUUCUUUGCAGUUUUGCAUCCUCCCUUCACUCUGCCUCUUCAAUACAGAUACCCCUUCAACCGCAAUCAUGGGUUACACAGACGCCGAUUGGAAAGCAAUCAACACUAUCCGGCUGCUUGCGGUCGAUGCCACUCUUCAGGCAAACAGCGGUCACCCAGGUGCCCCCAUGGGCAUGGCACCUGUGGCCCACGUUCUCUUCAACAAAUUCAUGACCUUCAACCCCCAGAAUCCUGACUACAUCAACCGCGACCGCUUCGUUCUAUCGUGAGUUCUCACCUGUUUCUCUACUCUCCCGCACAUUGAAUUGCCAAGCAAGAGAUGGAUCAAGCAGGAAGGGCAUAUGCCUGAGGACAAAAAUGCGUCGGAGCUUACCCGGAGUUAUCGGCUCAGCUCGAUAUCACAACCGAUCAAUUUGAUACCCAUACCUAGUGUUGCGGUCCAUCAAUGAAUUGGCUGACCGAAUCAUUACAGCAACGGUCAUGGUUGCAUGCUGCAGUAUGCUCUUCUGCAUCUGUUUGGCUACAAGCUCACCUUGGAUGACUUGAAGAACUUCCGACAAGUCGAUAGCAUCACCCCUGGCCAUCCCGAAGCACAUGACACUCCCGGUAUCGAGGUCACCACUGGACCUCUUGGUCAAGGCUUUGCCAACGCAGUUGGUCUGGCUAUUGCCCAAGCCCAUCUUGGUGCCGUCUUCAAUAAGCCCGGCUACGAGCUCUUCAACAACCAUACCUUUGUCUUCUUCGGUGAUGGUUGUGCCAUGGAAGGUGUUGCCAGUGAGGCUGCUUCCACUGCUGGCCAUCUCCAGCUCGGCAACUUGAUUGCCAUCUAUGAUGACAACCAUAUCUCGAUCGAUGGUGACACAAAGUGCGCAUUCACUGAGGAUGUCCUGAAGCGUUUCGAAGCCUACGGCUGGCACACCCAGCACGUUGAAGACGGUGACCACGAUCUCGACGGCAUCGAAGCUGCCAUCCAGAAGGCAAAGGAAGUUACCGACAAGCCCUCAGUCAUCAAGCUGACUACCACCAUUGGUUUCGGCUCCAAGCUUCAGGGCACUGGUGGCGUUCACGGCAACCCCCUGAAGGCCGAUGAUGCUGCUCAAGUCAAGACCAAGUUUGGCUUCAACCCAGAAGAGUCAUUUGUCGUCCCCCAAGAGGUCUAUGACCAAUACCACAAGCAUGCUGCUGAGGGUGCCGCAGCGGAUCAGGCCUGGAACGAGCUGUUCAAGAAGUAUCAAGGCGAGCACAAGGACCUUGGAGCAGAUCUCGCCCGCCGCUUGGCCAAGAAGCUGCCCGAGGGUUGGGAAAAGAAAUUGCCCGUGUAUAAGCCAACAGAUGCCGCAGUUGCUUCGCGAAAACUGUCCGAGAAAGUGUUGGAGGAUAUCCAUGAUGUCAUUCCCGAGCUUUUGUCCGGCUCUGCAGAUCUGACGGGCAGCAAUAACACCCGAUGGAAGAAGGCUAUUGAUUUCCAGCCCCCGUCCCUGGGAAUUGGUGAGUGGUCCGGCCGCUAUCUUCGAUACGGCGUGCGCGAACAUGCCAUGGGCGCCAUCAUGAACGGCCUCGCCGCGUACGGCGGUCUGAUACCCGCAGGUGGCACAUUCUUGAACUUUGUAUCAUAUGCUGCCGGCGCCGUCCGCCUGUCUGCCCUGUCGCAUCAGCGUGUCAUCUGGGUCGCUACCCAUGACUCCAUUGGUCUCGGCGAAGAUGGCCCUACCCAUCAACCUAUCGAGACGCUUGCCCAUUUCCGCGCGCUUCCCAACGUCCAAGUCUGGAGACCUGCUGACGGCAAUGAGACGUCUGCUGCAUACUACAAUGCCCUCACCGCCACUGGAACUCCUUCCAUCCUCGCAUUGACGAGACAAAACUUGCCCCAGUUGGAGAACUCGACCAUCGAAAAUGCCAUCAAGGGCGGUUACGUUGCAGUUGAGGCUGAGGAUGCCGGUCUCACCAUCGUCUCGACUGGCUCGGAAGUCGGGAUCGCCAUCGAAGCUGUCAAGGUUUUGAAGGACCAAUACGGCAUCACCACUCGCGUGGUUUCACUUCCUUGCUGGGAGGUCUUUGACGCACAGCCAAAGGAAUACCAACUCAAGGUGUUCCCAGACGGAAUUCCCACACUCUCAGUUGAGGUCAUGUCGACCCUGGGCUGGUCCAAAUACUCACAUGAACAAUUUGGCCUGAACCGAUUCGGUGCAUCAGGACCAUACAAGGAGGUUUACAAGAAAUUCGAGUUUACCCCCGAAGGCAUUGCCAAGCGUGGCAAGGCCACAGUCGACUUCUACCAAGGACUCAAGCCUCGUUCUCCCGUCAACCGUGCCUUCCAGCAAUUGAUCUAGUCAUGUAAAGCUGAAGAAGAUUCGGGCGCUGAAUUCUCGGCCUGUGAUGGAAAAGACUGUUCAAGAAUGAAGGUGAAUUGAGCCAGGGUUUCUACAUAUGGAAUAGAUAUAGCUCGACCCAAACAAAAUGAUGUGUAUGAUGCUCUUGAAUAGGUCUCCACAAAGAGGAUCACACCCUCCUUGAAUAUUAAAUCACAUAGGGAAUGACAGUGCAGAUUCCGUGGUCCUUGGCCCAUGAUUAGGCUGCGAAAUUGGCAGAUACAUGACGGCGGUAAUUUUCCUGGAGCUAUGGGGAGACAAGAACCAAGAGGCUCUGCGCCAUCACCUGUAGACAACCCGAAAAGGAUGGUUUUACCGGUGUUGAGGACGUGGUCUGGGCAAGAUUCCUGUUUAGCAUCCACAAAGUCAAGAAAUAAGAGUUGGAUAUUGAGACUCAUGUAUAUGGCGUAUCAAGAAGUGGAGCAAGUCAUGACCUCGAUGAGCUUCAGGUCGCAAUUAUUAUUAACAGGCCCGGGAAGCUAGUUUCCCCAGGCAUGAUGGAGCCGAG